CUCAAGGCUCUCGCCAACCUCCCUUCGGAAGAUGGCCGGGCUAAACAGCAAGACCCACGCAGCGGAGGCGCCGAGAAGCAGCGGCCGAGGGGUCGUGAUUUCAGAUGAUUGGCCUGGGUAUAGUUUGGAACUGUUUACAUAUCCACAGCACUACUAUGGAGAUCUUGACUAUGUGCUCAUACCACAUGGGAUCAUUGUGGACAGGACAGAAUGUUUGGCCAAAGAUAUCAUGCAAGACAUUGGAUACAAUGACAUUGUAGUUCUCUGUGUACUUAAAGGUGGCUACAAAUUCUGUGCUGACCUAGUGGAGCAUAUUAAGAACCUCAGUAGAAAUUCAGAAAGGUUCAUCUCCAUGAAAGUUGACUUUGUCAGACUGAAAAGUUACCUGAAUGACCAAUCUAUGCAAGAUACACAGAUCAUAGGGGGAGAUGACUUCUCAAAGCUGGCUGGAAAGAACGUAUUAAUUGUGGAGGAUAUCAUUGGAACCGGAAGAACGAUGAGAGCUCUCCUCAACAAAAUUGAAAAAUGCAAGCCCAAGAUGGUCAAGGUGGCAAGUUUGCUGGUGAAAAGAACAUCUCAGCCUAAUGGAUACAGACCGGACUAUUAUGGAUUUGAAAUUCCAAAUUUAUUUGUGGUGGGCUAUGCUUUAGACUACAACGAGUACUUCAGAGAUCUAAAUCACAUAUGUGUUAUCAAUAACCAUGGGAAAGACAAAUACAGAGUCUAAGAAAUAACCGGCUAGCCUGAACUGGAAAACUGGCAGUCCUCUUGAAGCAUCUCCUGAAGAACAAUUGAACUGACAUCCGUCUCAUUCAGCCUGGACUAAAAAGUGCCCCCUUCUUUCUAAGGGGGGGGGGAGGAAUUUGCUGAAGUCAGCCACCCUCAACUCCUUGAGCCUUUGUAGCAGAACUUGGACAAGGCAAAGACCGAGAAGUCAUUAUCUUUAUAUAUAUAUAAUUUAGUGUUAUAAGCUAGCAAAUAAUUAGUUAAUUCAUUAUAAUUAGUUAUAACUAUAAUUAGUUACUAUGAGAUAGUAAGUGAGAUGGCAUUUAUUUGUUGGCUUGCUUAUCCCUUACCUUGCUCCAAUCUUCUUUGUGAACAUACUGAGGGCAGCUGCGCUAUUCACAAAGCCAUUCUGCGAGGAUCCGUGGCUUUGUGCCUCCCAAUGGUGCAACUUGCUGCUUCCAGUUCUCUCCAGUAACCUAUCUGUGCCUUUUUCUGAGCACCUUCUUUUAAAGUUUUCUUGAAGAAGCUCGGUGUACAUCAGAGGUGACGAACUGCAGGCCCUGGGACCAAAUGUAGCCCCAGACACCUUCGUCAGCUCCUUGGGACUUUCUGCAAGCCACACCCUCUUUCUGCAGUUCACCCCUCCCCUCACUAGCUCUUAGAAUCAUAGAAUUAUAGAGUUGGAAGGUGCCCUGAGGGUUAUCUAGUCCAACACCAUGCAACACAGGAAUCUCAACACGCAGUCUCCCAUCCAGUUUGGAGCCAUGCCUGACCCUGCUUAGCUUUGCAAAUGUGCUAGCAGUUCUUUGCACCCAAGUGUUUUCGCCUGCCUGGAAUGUGCCCUUGAACUCUGAUAAUGCCUCAAGUUUGCCUGGGUGGAAAAUAAGGGGAAGUGUGAGUAUGCAUAAAAAACUAGUCUGCUCUACAGGAGUAAAAUGCACGUUUGUUGCUCCAUUCAGUUUGGCUUCUGGCUCCACCCAUCACAAGCAUGUGGCCCUUGGAAGGUUCCCCAAAAAGGGAAUAAGGCCCCUAGUAGGCUGAAAAAUGUUCCCCAUUAUCGUCACAAGAACCUUGUGAAGUAGCUUAGGCUGAGGGAGAAUGUACUGUCCUCAGACUCACCCAGGGAACUUAGAGGCUGAGUGGGGAUUUGAACCUUGGUCUCCUAGGUCCUAGGACAAUACUCUAACCACUAUGCCACACUGGCUUUUAGGAGGCUUACAGUGGCAUGCAAAAGUGCAGACGAUAUAAUAAUUGUGCUCUAAAUUAAUCCGUCUGUUCAUCAUGGCCACACGCAGUUGCCCUGGGCAAACCUAUAAAAGGUAGCUUGGCUCUUGAAUUUUGUUGUCAAUAAGGUUCUGUUUUGCAGGAUAACAAGAUUCUUGAAUCAUGCUGUGAGAAUCACAUUCAAGAAACAUCAAAUAUACAUUAUGUUAACGGUGUGCCGGUUCUCCCAGGAGUACACAUUGAUCGAUCCCUGAUCAGUUGACAUCCCAAAAGCUGGUGCUGCGAGUGGAGCAGGAACUAGUGUAAAUGGCUCUCCUCUACUCCCAUUAAUCCCCACAGUGACCCUGUGAGGUAGACUAGGCUGAACAAUAUAGACUGCCCCUAAGUCACCCAGUGACUAGGACUAGGGCAAUACCGGUUCAACAUUAUGAUAUAUUGCCAGCAAAACAUCGCAAUAUACCGAUAUAUCACAAUGCUUGAAAUGAGGAUCGAGUUGUGUAGAGUCACUCAUAUGUGAUUCAUUGUUCUAGGGCUACAGUCCUAAGCACAACUUGCUAGGGAGUAAAUUUCAUUGAGCAUGGAAGCACUUACGGUAUUUUUUUUUAGUAAGCAUGCUUUAAGCCAUUUGUAUUUCCAGGGAAUGUGUUUCCUAGGAAGGUAACUGGUUUUAAUUCAUAUCUAGUCCCACACUGCAGAGUCACCAAGGUAUGUGAAUCUAUAAAUGGGUGUGUUUCUGAUGAGCCUUUGUUACCCAUUCAUCCAAAAUCAUAUGGAGCUCCAAUAUAACAACGUUGAAUCUUAAUGAAUCUUUGCGAGACACUUUUGAUCUGACCUUUCAAGGGGAGAUGAUGGUGUGUCAUGAAUGCAUGGAUGUACUCAACUGUGUUUAAUGCACUGAAUUUUAAUUGGAACCAAACAAUGGCAGCCAAGCUUGGGUUCCCAAACGGCAUCCUUUGUGUACAACAUAGGAAAGUCAUAGAUUAGACAAAAAAACCAAGACCCUCUAUGAGUGCACAUUUCCAUAACCGAAACUAAUCAUGUACAAAGGGUUGCUUAGAUGGCAUAUAUUCUUUCUCAAAUGUUUUCUCUCUCUCUUAAUGAUCCUGUUUUUUUCACAAGCAAUUAACCUAUCUAUGAAUAUGAAUAUGGGUGUGUUGAUACAGAGGUACGGAAACAGUCUUUUCUGAAGAUAGGAAAUAUUUCAAUGUAGCAAAACUCAAAUCCCUAUUAAAAGCAUCUUCAGCUUUCCGGGCUUUUGAGGUUUCCCGUUUCCUUUGCCAUCAUCUGCAAAAUAUAUAUUUUUUCUAAUUUACCUGUUGCACUCAUUGGAAGAAGGUCAUUAUGUGCUAUAUACAAACUGCUCUCAAUAACUUCCUAAAGGAAGCCAGUGCAAAAAUAUAAAAAUCAAAUACAAGCAGCUUUGUUCAGAACAGCAUGGGGCCUAUUGUUGUUAGACUGCAGUUUCCUUUACACUAAUAAACAGUAAGGGCGCUUUGCUAUAUUAGAGAUUGCUUUCGAUUUCCCAUCGCCUCUUCUUCAGCACAGAUUUGCACACCCCACAGAAGCCUUUACAAUGCACACAAGUGCUUUGGGGGAAACCAAUGUAAACAUUUCCUGUGUACCUCUGCUGUGGCCUGUACAUUUUCCCUAGCUGAAUAAAAUGAACUGAAGUAAC